CUUUGAUCUGAAUGUCAUGUAAUUAUGGUCAACGCCAUUGACCAACUAAGUGUUUUAAAACCUUCCUUCCUCUGCUUUGCUUUUCAUAGAACGCAAAGCAUGGACAACAAAACCGAUUUCUCAAGUCCUCUUCUCCCCACAAGUUACGGUCCCAAUGAUGCCGUUGACUCUCAGGGCAAAGGCCCUUCUUCUUCUUCCAUACCAACUACUCUUAUAAUCACUACCCUCGUCGCUGUUUUUGGUUCUUACGUUUUUGGCUCUGCUAUUGGGUAUUCAUCACCUACUCAAUCUGCAAUCAUGCGUGACCUCAAUCUCGGAGUGGCCCAGUACUCAAUUUUUGGUUCAAUAUUGACGAUUGGAGCCAUGAUUGGUGCCGUUGUGAGUGGUAGAAUAGCUGAUUAUGCUGGUCGUCGAGUUGCCAUGGGAUUCUCCCAGGUUUUCUGCAUCUUGGGAUGGCUUGCCAUAACAUUCUCAAAGGUUGCUUGGUGGCUUUAUGUUGGAAGACUGUUGGUAGGAUGUGGGAUUGGCCUUCUAUCUUAUGUGGUACCAGUUUAUGUAGCAGAAAUAACACCCAAGAAUCUUCGAGGGGCAUUCACUGCAGUUCAUCAGUUAAUGAUUUGUUGUGGGAUGUCAUUAACUUAUCUUAUUGGAGCAUAUGUGAAUUGGCGGAUCUUGGCUACAAUAGGAAUUAUUCCGUGUCUUGUGCAGCUUCUGAGUCUUCCCUUCAUCCCUGAUUCUCCUAGGUGGCUGGCUAAGGCUGGUCGCUUGAAAGAGAGUGAUUCUGCUUUACAGCGCCUCAGGGGGAAGAAUGCUGAUGUUUAUCAAGAGGCCACUGAAAUCAGAGAUCAUACAGAAGCCUUUCAAAAGCAAACAGAAGCUAGCAUCAUUGGCUUAUUUCAAAUGCAAUAUUUGAAGUCACUUACCGUAGGAGUUGGCUUGAUGAUACUGCAACAGUUUGGAGGGAUUAAUGGCAUUGUUUUUUAUGCAAACUCUAUAUUUAUAUCUUCUGGGUUUUCAGAAAGUAUUGGAACAAUAGCAAUUGUUGCCGUUAAGAUUCCAAUGACAACUAUAGGAGUACUUUUAAUGGAUAAAUCUGGAAGACGACCACUUUUGCUGGUGUCUGCAGUGGGAACAUGCGUAGGAUGCUUCCUGGCAGCCUUGUCAUUCGUUUUGCAGGACUUGCAUAAGUGGAAAGGAGUUAGUCCCAUUUUGGCGCUAGUGGGUGUAUUGGUAUACGUGGGAUCUUACUCUAUAGGCAUGGGAGCAAUUCCGUGGGUUAUAAUGUCUGAGAUAUUUCCCAUCAACGUGAAGGGUUCUGCUGGAAGCCUUGUGACUUUGGUUAGCUGGUUGUGUUCCUGGAUUAUAUCAUAUGCUUUUAACUUCCUCAUGAGUUGGAGUUCAGCAGGAACUUUCUUCAUGUUCUCUGGCAUAUGUGGCUUCACUGUGCUAUUCGUAGCAAAACUAGUACCAGAGACCAAGGGCCGUACACUAGAAGAAAUUCAAGCUUCUCUGAAUUCAUAUUCUUCUAAGAGAUGAAUUCCAUGCAUAAUAAACCCAGUAAGAAAUUUCCAAAAUGGCAUAUUGACGAUGGCUUCGUGAAACAAGCUUGUCAUUGAAAAAAGAAGGGAUAUGCAUACGUUAGUCUGAAUGAAGAAAAUUACAUUCAGCAAGCAUCACAAUAAUUUUAUUGAGACUCGUGAUGUACACAUAUCCUUACAAUUAAUUGUUUGUACUAUAUAUAGAUACUACUUAAUAUGUAGAUUUAUUUUUUAAUAUUUUUUUGAGACUGUAACAUGUAGCUUUGAAUAUUUGAUUUUAAACUUAGUGUCCCAGCCAUGGGACAUGUUUCACUCCGUAAAUGAAAUUGCAAGUUAAUGUGCUCUAUAAAAGUCCUCUCAUUUUUCA